UUCCCCAGCAGGCUCCGGGACGGCAGGGCGGCGGGCGGGGGGCUGGAGACCGACCUGGACCAGGAGGAGAGGGACCUCGACGCCACCAAGGCGGCGCUCUGUGAGGCUCUGCGGCUCCACAUGGCGGCUCUGCGGCGGGACAGGGAGGCUCUGGCCGAGGAGGAGCGGCGGCACAGCGCCCUCUGCUGCCACCUGGAGGAGCUGGUGCAGGAGCACUGCAGGGCCAACGAGGCCGACAAGUACCGCAGCUUCAUCGGAGACCUGGAGAGGAUCGUCAACCUGCUGCUGUCGCUGUGCGGCCGCCUGUCCCGCAUCGACCGGGCGCUGCUCGCCCUGCACAGCGACAGCCAAUCAGAGGAGGCCGCCGACGAGAGGGCGUCGCUGCAGGUGAAGCGCUCCCAGCUGCUCGCUCAGACCGAGGAUGCCCGGGAGCUGAAGGAGAACCUGGAGCGCCGACAGCGGGUCGUUCACGCCGUCCUGUCGGGCCGCCUCGCCGCGCCGCAGCUCCACGACUACCGCCGCUUCGUCGCCGCCAAGCCCUCGCUCCUGAUUCGCCGGCGGCACCUGGACGACCUCAUCCGGCAGGGGGAGGAGCGGCUGGCGCGGCUGACAGAGAGCCUGCCGCCGCCGGAGGCCACGCCGGGCGCGGGUGGCCGGGCGGGGGCGGGUCCGUUACCGGCAAGCUCCGCCCCCUGCCCUUGUCCAUUUCCGUCACUGCUGUCAUCAGGCCACGCCCACGCGGUCCACUCCACCGCCGUGACAUCACUGUGACAGGCGGCGCCGCGCCCCGAGGACGCCGGGAGCCCCACGUGAAGGAGGGGCGGAGUCAAGCGGCCGCUCCCGCCCCCGUCAAACACCAGACUCUCAACACGUCUGCCUCUGACGUGUUCAUGUGUUUGGACGCCGCACGCCGUUACAGCCGCCUUUUCACUGCACGCCAGACAGGAAGUCACUCUUCUUCUACAUCCCUAGCUGCUCGCUAACGACAGCUAGCGUCACUCUAAUCUAAUCCCAUGUCAUGAAGCUAGCUGCUCGCUAACGACAGCUAGCGUCACUCUAAUCUAAUCCCAUGUCAUGAAGCUAGCUGCUCGCUAACGACAGCUAGCGUCAGUCUAAUCUAAUCCCAUGUCAUGAAGCUAGCUGCUCGCUAACGACAGCUAGCGUCAGUCUAAUCUAAUCCCAUGUCAUGAAGCUAGCUGCUCGCUAACGACAGCUAGCGUCACUCUAAUCUAAUCCCAUGUCAUGAAGCUAGAUGCUCGCUAACGACAGCUAGCGUCAGUCUAAUCUAAUCCCAUGUCACUGACCUGGCAGCUUGCAGAGCAGCUGCAGUGCAGGCUGGCGGGCAGCAGGGGGCGUGGCCUGGGGGGCGUGGCUGGGGGGCGUGGUCUGGGGGCGUGGCAGGGGGCGUGUGCAGUGAAAACGCGGCUCAGAGCCGCUGGGUUCUGUCAGACUGCAGCUGCUGGGACGGUUCCUUGAAGAACCUUUGAUUUUCACCUGGAGAACCCUGACACACACACACACACACACACACACACACACACACACACACACACACAGGGUUCUUCAAGGAACCGUUCAGGAACGUUCUCUCUGAAGAGCAGAAACCUCACAUGAACCUCCUUUUUUUUUUUUUAAUGGACCGAAGCCGCCAGGUGCAGUUUACCCACAAUGCCGCUGGCUGGUGAGCUCUGUACCUGCCAAAGUCUUUUUUAAACAGCGAGCCUUCAGGAGACCCGUUAGCACCACACCUCUUUACUCUCUUAAGCAAUGCAUUCUGGGAGAACUGCACUGCAUUUUGAGAGGCGGGGCGUCACGCUGGCGUCUCAUUUGCAUAAAGAAUACUUUAUGUAAAUUAGGGGCGUCCAGCGCGACUCGCCACCUCCGGAAACUCCAGAGAAACUUCACUGAGCUGCAGGCUUCAGGAGAGCCGGCCCACUGAGAGGCACCUGUCCAAUCACGUGCAGCCAGGAAAGGCUACAGGUGGGCGGGGCGGGGCGGGGCCACAGGUGGGCGGGGCCAGGUGCUGGUGGAUUCUGGUUUGUGCACCGUGUUGAAGGCUUCACAGUUUGAUGCUGGCGCUCACACACACACACACACACACACACACACACACACACACACACACACACACACACACACACACACACACACACACACACACACACACACACAGCCUGCCUGUCUCUGCAGUGAUUCUGAUUUUUUAAAUUAAUUUGAGUUCGCUUCAUGAGGGGAGAGACGAUCGGACCACAGCUCCUCG